GUUAGGUUGACACAUGACAAAAAGUGAGGUUAGAAAUUGGGGGAGCAGUUAAAGGGGCGAAGGUCACACCCAAGGACGUGAUUAAAAGAUAACUGUAAAACAAGCAUGACUGUCAAAAUCUCAAUAAAACCAUUACUUAAUUGACUUUUCGUUUCGAAAAUUAAAAUUUUGUUAUAAUUUAUUUGUUUUUUAUUUGUUCAAGGCUCGCAGUAAAUUGCGAUUAGAUAAUAAAACAUCGCAUUUAGAUACCUGUUUUCGUAAAAGGUGUUUAAUUCGCAAUGGAGGCGCUUUCGAAGGCCCUGCAGCCCUACAAAAACGUCGUGGGGACAGUCGCGAGUUACCUAACAAUACUCCAAUUUUUCUCGGGGGCUUUCAUCUGUAGAGACAUCUACAAAAAGGGCAACACGGAGGGGGUGAAUUCCAUGCCCUUUGUGGGCGGUAUCAUGUUAGGUCUUGCGAUGCUGAAAUACGGGUUGAUGCUCCAAGACGAAAACAUGCUUUUAGUUAACUUUUUUGCCAUUGUUCUCAAUGUGAUUUACUGUGUUGUAUACUACGUUUACUCCACAGACAAGUGGAGGCAAAUCCUGAAGCCCCUUUCGAUAAGUAUGGCCUUCGUGGCGGCUCUGUGGGGCUAUUGCGAGUACGAGAGCCCCUCAGUGGUGGAGUUCCGCUACGGGUUGAUUAUCACAAUCCUGAUGCUUGCAGUACUGGGAAGCCCCCUUCUCGGAGUUAAAGAAAUGAUUGAGAAAAAGGACGCGUCUGAAAUCCCCUUUGUUUUGACUCUAAUGGCGACUUUGGUGACCUUCUCGUGGCUUUUGUACGCCAUUAUUCUACAGAAUCAAUUCAUGCUUGUUCAAAAUGUGGCCGGGUUCGUGUUGUGUUUCGUCCAGUUGGUGUUGAUUUUUGCUUAUCCGGGGAGACAAGUAAGCAAAAAAAAGAAGAAGCACUAAGGGGAAACUUCUACGUGUUUAAAAAUAAUCAAUAUUGACAUUCCAGGAUGGUAGCUGAGUUUUUGCCAAUUGAAUUGUUUUCUACACCAAAUUGGAAUAAAUUAUUAUUGACAUUGA